GUCACAAUUUCGAAUGGUUUAGCUGAACAGAACCAUAUCUCAAGUUGUAUAACUUAAUUAUGCUGAGUUCUGAAAGAAAAAUUGCUAUCAAGCUGGUUCUUCUUACCAUGUUUACUCAAUCAUUCUGGUCUGGAUUUCAAUUUCUCACGAACCAGUUUAUAUAUUAUAGGUUUCUAAAGGACGCAGGUCUACCCUACGAACCGUCUCCACAAAACAAAUCCAUUCCUGAUCAGGAUAAAGAAUUGAAAGAUGAAGUUCAAAAGAGGACUGCACAUUUACUCCCCUUAUUGAGUGCUUCAUUAUUAAUUCCUGGACUUUUGUCGUCGUUUGUGAUCAGUUCACUUUCUGAUCAUUAUGGUCGACGUGUAGCGAUGGGUGUUUUGUUUGGUGGUUUAACUUCAAACAUAAUCGUUUCAUCGCUUGUGAUUUUACUUGAACUGAAUUUAUACUUAUUAAUUCUGGGAAAUUUAACGUGUGGUUUUCUUGGCGGAGGCUUGCUUACAUUUUCAGGUCAAAUUUCAGUUUGCUUUGCUGAUAUUACUAAGAUUCCUGAUGAACAAGAGCCAUUAUUGGGUAACUCUAAAUGUCAACAAGCUUCAUUGGAACGUCGACGACUUUCGUAUAUGGGAAUUUACGAUGGUGUUUGUGUUUUAGCAAGUGCCGCAGUGGUGUCAGUUACAGGUGUUCUUAUUGACCACUAUAGUUUCAUUACAACUUGUUUGAUAAUGUUAUUUCUUUGUUUAAUAUCGGUGGGAAUGUUAUGGUGUUUACCAGAAACACAAUCUUUCAAUAUACAAACAGCUGAUAUCUCUUCUUUUAAUAAUAAUUUCAAUAGUAAUAUCUCUGUGUGUAAUACAGAAUUUUAUUCAUCUAAUCAGUCAGAAUCAUAUAAGAAAAACUGGCUUUUGAAGUCAACCGAGAUGAUUAAUCUAGUUCGAAAUGCCAAUAUUAUCACAGUUUUAGUCUUAACAGUUUUGUUCUUGACAACAUUGACUACAUAUAAUGAAGGUCAAUAUACAUUUUUAUAUUUAAUGGGACCUCCAUUCAAUUGGUCUGUUGAUCAAUAUGGUUAUUUUAGUGGAUUAAAUUCUACUCUCCUGGGUUUACUGUCGUUUGGAUUAACUUGGAUUACUACUCAUUGGAUGAAAGUUGUUAAACGGCAUCGGAUAUCUGAAGCAUCAGAACCUUUACUUACUAAUCAAUCAGUUUCCGGGUACAAUUCUAUUCAUGAAGUUGAUUCAAUUGAUCAUAAUAAUAACAUUAUUAUUAGUAGUCCAUCGACUAUAAUUAUUCAAAAUGAAGUAUUACGAGCACGUCGACGUAUGAUAAAGUAUGUAAUAUGUGGAAUGAUUGCAAUUGUGAUUAGUAAAUUGCUUAUGGGAUUAGCAUUUUUGUUUCCUUCACCUGGCCAUAAUAUUGCCGUAUUUGUUAGUAGAACACGAAUUAUACAGUGAUCCGAGCUAGACAAUGUUGCACGUUUACGAGUCACAUAUAUACCCACAUCAUUGAUGAAAACGAAGUCUAAAUGAGCAUCCAAACGAGUAGGAAAAUCUACUACGUUUUGGUGACCUAGUGACGUAAGGAAGCUACAGUCACAUGAAUUGAAAUCACCACAUACAACUGAAAGUGAAUCACUGAAGGCAGUAACAGCAAACUCAGUGAAUUCAUCAGUGAAAACAGAUAGUGCAGAUGAUGUGCAAUCUGGAGUCACGUAGAAAUUGGUAACAUAAACAUAUUUGUAUUUAUUCAGAUGUUUUGGACGACAUCUUAGAGUUAGACAGUCGAUAAAGUCAUUUGAAAACUUGAAACACGCAAAUGAAGAUCGACACCAGUUCACGCUUACAAACGUAUCUACACCGCCGCCACAUCUCCUUUUAUUGUUUGAUCGAUCCUGACGAUAAAUUUUGAAAUCACGUAGUGGUACUAGGCAGUCGUCCUUUAAAUCAUUUAACCAAGAUUCUUGAAUUGUGAUGACACCACAAUGACGAUACAUAUUUUGACUUAGUAGGAAUUGAAGAUAGUCCACUUUGUUGAUUAGUGAUCGGCAGUUAGAAUUUAGCAGCUCGAGAAUCGACAUACGACUAAUGUUCAUUAUCUUUAACGCAUACUGCCAAGCACCACGAUGAUGUCUUUUAAAGUACUUUUUGUGUAACUUGUGCAGCGAAAGGUCGUAGGCUUUUCAUAAACGCGCCUGUAUAGGUUAUGUGAUUAAUGGACAUAAUUAGAUGUUAAAACAAAAUGAAAAAACAAAUUACUUGUUGAAAUAAUUAGAUGGCAAAAACAGGUAGCCCAGAUAUUCAAGCAGGCCGCCGUUAAUAUAAUGCACUAGUUUAAUUAUUUCUGUUUAUUUUUAACUGUAAGUAUAUAAAGUUAUAUUUUUGUUCUACAGGUCUAUUUGUAUCUAUCUUUCGAUCAGCUGUUGUACCGGUGCUCAAAUCAUUCACAUCAUCUCUAUAUACUUCCAAACUUCAAAGUAGCUUAUUUUCUGUGAUUGCACUAUCUGAAUACUUGAGUCUUCUUAUUGGUAUUGGUAGUUUACCGUAUAUUUAUGCAGCGACGGUAACAUUUUGUUCGGGUGCAGUGUUUUUUGUCUCAUCAGGAUUAGCUUUAAUUGCUUUUAUUCUACUUUUAUACAUUUCACGUUAUACUAAAAAAGAAAUAAAGAAUACUGAUUUCAAUCAAUCGAAUAUUAUCGAAAUAGUAGAUACUGUUAAUAGUUAAAAACAAGUAGAAUCAUUGGACUAUGAAUAUGAUUAUUGGUUAUCCUUGGGAUCUCUCUUUUCGUUUUCUUUUUAUGUAAAUAAUUGUUUUCUUUUUGUUGUUAAUUUUUACAGCUAUUUUUCUUCUUUUAAAUGAAUCUCAAGUAAACUUAUUAUACCUUUUUUUGAAAUGAAGAAUUUAAGGUUUGAUUAAACUUUGGCUUUAUAAUAUAAUAAAUAAAUUUUAUUUAUAAAAUAA